CACAAACGCCUAAAGCGUCACGUCUUUCCAGCAGCAGCCGUCUGUUCAAAUCGCACACCGAGUGUAUAACUGCGAAUGGCGUCCAACUGUUCGGAUAUCACCACUCUACUGUUGAAACACUACCUCUCACCCGUGUAUGCUACAGAGUUUGCAAUUGGCUUCCUCGUCAAUCUGUUUGUGAUCCUGUUCUAUGUGUUCUGCCUGCCUUCUUGGAAAUCUAUAAAUGUGUACAUGUUUAAUCUGGCGAUUUCUGACUUAAUCUGCCUGAGCACCUUACCAGUGUUGAGCUACAACUACAUGAACAACCAAGACUUCCCCACUGUAGGCUGUGUGGUUACUCGCUACAUCCUGCAUGUUAACCUGUAUUCCAGCAUCCUCUUCAUGAUGUGGGUGGGUGUGGACCGACUAUUACUGCUGUGGUACCCACAACGCAACCACAUCCUGUUGACUUGGAAGGCCUCGUUGUUCGUCAGUUUCCUGAACUGGAUUUGGGUGACAGCUGAGACCGGUCCUCUCAUCAGCUUUGUUAUCAAUGACCUAAAGAAAAACAACUGGACCAAGUGUAAUGAUUUUGCCAGCAUGUACCAGACCGACUCUGUUCUGACCUACAGCUUGUUGCUCACCACCAUAGGAUAUGUGCUGCCAAUGCUGACCUUGUGUCUGUUAUCCAGUAGGAUGGUUUCUCUGCUCAAGAAGAGAGAGGAAGUGCUCGGGACAUCCUUCCAAAGGCCAGUGAGCAUCAUGAAGGCUGCGGCGCUCAUGUUGCUGGUGUUUUACACGCCAUUUCACGUGAUGAGGAACAUACGCCUCGUAUCACAGCUGCCUUCAUUGGGACUGUUUCAGUGCACAAAGGCCUAUAUCGAGGCUGUGUACAUAAUAACAAGACCGAUUGCAUUUGCUCAUAGUGUCAUAAACCCUGUGUUUUAUGUCCUAAUGACGGACAGGUUUAAAGAGGUCCUGCAGGAAAAGUGGAAUCAGUUUAGAAGGUUGGCAAAGCUUAGAAGAUUGUCAUAAGCAAAUCUCAAUAAAAAAUAACUGGCGUUCAAUUAAAUCGUAUUGUGGUGCAUGUUAUUACAUGUGGCGCUUCUAGUGUAUAUUAUGCAUUA